AUGCGUCCCGCGAACACCAAAUCGGAACCCAGAAUAUGGAGGGCACAUUCGGAACUGUCAGGCCCAAUUCGGGAACCGUCGGGCAUUGCGGCGCACGACGGUAAGCGCCCUGACGGGUGUACCUUGAUCCCUUGGAGAGCCGGCAGGUGCUUGGCGUGGGACGUUACCGUUCCGGGCACCUUUGCUGAGCGCUACGUGCAGCUUACUAGCAAAGAAAGCGGUUUGGCUGCAACCAGGGCAUCUGACGAGAAGAUCAAAAAGUACGACGGAGCUCUCCCCUCGAUGGAGUUUUUACCGAUUUGUAUCGAGGUCCUCGGCCCCAUGGACCGUAACACCUCCGGGUUUUUCAAACGGAUUUGUAAAAAUAUCAGUAUUAGGUCAGGCGAUAGUAGGGAAUAUUUUUUUGCUAUGAAUAAUAUCUCGUGCAUUCUGCAGCGGUUUUUGCGCGUCUGUGUGUUGGAAAAUGUGGAGUUGAAUGCCGACGGGGUUGAGUGA